GAGAGUGGAAUAUCACCAUCGCACAGAAGGAGCAGCAGAAGCGCGGCGUCUCGGUCACAGCUUCCUUAAGCAGAUUGAACCGCUGCUGCUGGUGUUCCUCGUGCCGCCGUUGUAAUCCCCAGCACACCAGGGAACGAUCAUCCUUAAUACACUUGCUCAUUGGACGCAUCUCAGGAGAAUCUGUGACCACAAAAAUGACGUAUACUUUAAAGUCUCUGCUUUGCCACUCAACCGUGAAUGUCAAGAAGGGCACCGCACUCCCACGUCUAUCAGAAAUUAGCCUUUUCUUCCUCUCCCCUUUUUCCUCUAAGAGUGAAAGAUUACGCUUCUCGGUUAAUCUCCUUGGGGUAAGUGCAGGAUUGUGUCCAAUAAGACUUAGGAAAGUGGUAAAGGCGAGAGGAGGAGAAUGGUGGGAGGUCGUGGAAAGGAGAGUCAUGGAGGAGGAGGCAGUGGAUCCGAGGAGAGAUAAUUGCAUCACGCUGAUGGAUUGCAGGAAAAACUGGCCCUGCAGCUGCCACACCUCAACCACGCUCCUCAUCGGCACCACUGCAGCCCACCACCUGCCUAACCACCAGAGCGCCACCACCACCACCUGCCUAACCACCAGAGCGCCGCCACCACCACCACCUGCCUCACCACCAGAGCGCCACAACCUCCUGCCACACCACCAGAGCGCCACCACCACCUGCCUCACCACCAUAGCGCCACAACCUCCUCUACGCACAUCUUCACACGCCAUCAUCACCGCCACCUUCACCGCAUUAACAGCACCACCACCACCACCACCCGCGAAGCAAGUCAGCAGCAGCCAUCAAGCCUUCAUGGAGACGAAAAGUAUGGAUGAUGCCGAAAAGGACCUCCAGUUAGCGCCACUUACUGUGAUUGCUGUAAAAAGGAAGAGAGAUGAUACAUCCAGAGGGGGACGUGGAGCACGGGGCUUCACUGCGUUUUGUAAUUGAGGGCAGCAAUGGGUGGCCGUCUCGUGUGGCAGCGCAGCCAUCGUGGCCUUUUGCCCCACAUAGAUUGUUGGAACCAGGAAUGGCACACUUAGGGUUGCCAUCUUUGACAGCUGCAACAAGGGGGAGAGAGAGAGAGAGAGAG